GUUAGCUGCAGUUUUCUUCUCUGGUUGGUUUAGAAGUUGACGUUGCCCACCGCCGAGCAGGAAAUCACUGACAGCGAAGGGUGGAAGCCGCAGAUUGAAUUUGCACGCCAAGGCAUUUUAACAUCAAGGGUCGACAUUGCCAGCUGUGAAAAUGUGGCGGGUGGUCAUGCCAGCCUGCUGCCUCCUGCUGUCCCUCAGGUCAGGUGAAGGUCUUCUAGUGUCAGAGGUGUCGGUCACUGCCAGAGCUGGGCACAACGUCACUCUGCCCUGCUGGUACUCCGUCCCCUUAAAUGGAGUUCGUCCUUUUUGCUGGAAGCGUGGUGACUGCCCAGCCAUCAUAGCAUUCACAUUUUGGUGUGGCAGCGAUGAGAUUUACAGUAAAGGUGACAAAGUGACCCGAGUGUCAGACAAGUACCAGGUAACUGGUGACAUCCAGCAUGGUAACCUGUCACUGACUGUGGUCAACAUCAGCACGGAGGACAGCGGGCCGUACUGCUGCCGCGUCGACAUCCAAGGAAUUUUAAAUGACCAGAUAAGUUCUGUGCUCCUCACGGUGACUGCAGAAUCUUCAAGAGAGCCAACUGUGACACCCACAGGAGACACCACCUCCGAGACCCCGACUGAGACUUCCACAGCCACCAGCCCACCUUCUAGUCCAACGGUAAAUCAGACUGAGACCACUUCACAAGCUGGACGUCUCCCGACUUCGGCCAGAAAGUCCAUCACUGUCCCUGCUAUGUUGGUCACCUGUUUGAUCCUCCUGAUUGGGCUCCUCUUGGUCCUUGUUUACAAAUGUAAAGCCCACCAGGACUGGGAGACCCCUUUAGCCCAGCAGCCCAGCACUCUUCAGGACAGAGUCAGCGUGGAGCAGAACGUUUACUCCUUAGAUGAGCCCAAUGACUAUGAGGAGUGUCCAUGAUGGAGGUGACCAGCAAGAGGUGGGCAGCCACAAUGGCAUUGACGGGCCGCCAGUGCCAGCACUUGAUGUUUUUCUCACUGAAGUGCAUAUGAAGAGACCGGACUGACCUGAUGUGUGUUUGUCCUCCAUUUUCUGUCACGGGCAGCCAUCUUGUUGGACUUCACAUCAGGCUUGUCCUUAGCUGUGGCUCUUUUGUGACUGUCACAGGUUCAGCCGUCAAGUCCCCUGUAAGUAAGUCAAAUUGUGAAGUCCCCUCAGGCUGAGUCUCCAAACGUGUGUCAUGAGGGGGCCAUCAAUUGAGAUCAUCUGAUAAGCCAGCAACCCGAAUCCUGGGAUUUCUGUGAGGUGAGCAGAGAAAAAUGAGGAGAAGCAAAGUGGCACAAAGCAGAGGGUCCGUCACUGCCCAUGAGCUGCGGUCAACCUGGAAAAGAAACUCCCCAAACCGUGUGGCAGCUCUGACGUCAGCUUGUGACCCCAUUACCUCAUCCCCCCGCACUCUUUGGCAUUUCAGUUGUAAUUAAAGGGGAAGGAAGUUAAAAUCAAAAUAUAAAAAGCUUUAAAGGGACUGAGGAGCGUCGGGCACAGGGGUGAGGUGACACACGGGGGUGAGGUGACGCACAGGGUCAAGUGACGCACAGGGUGAGGUGACUCAGGGUGCGGUGACACUCUGGGAUGAGGUGACACACAGGGUGAGGUGACAAGUUCAUCUCCUCAGGUGGCACUUAUGUCAGGGUGGCAUUUUUAUACGAGACUUCUUUUAUUUAUAUUACCAAACAAUAAAACCCAUAAGUGAGAGUUUGAACUGAAGGAGUUACUCAGGUGCCCAGUGCCCACUUUGUAGAGCUCCUGCCUUUAA